AUGCCUCUUCGUAGAUCAGCGCGUAUUGCUGCCAAAGAAAAAACCAAUGUGCAUCCAUCCAUAGUGGAUACUGAAAGUGAUGACGAAAUAACCAAUAAUGUUAGAAAAACUACCCGUAAAAGAAGAAAGAAAAAUGAGAUAACCGAUAAAACUACUGAUAUUGCUCCUACCAAGGUUACGAGCAAUAAAGAAACAUCAAACAUAAUCCAAGAGUUUUUAGUUGAGACUAAAGAGGCAUCAAAUCCAAAAAAAGUGUCAUCAAUUGAGGAUUUUAAUGAAGAAUUAAAUACUGUUUCCAACUCGAAAAUUAUUGAUAAGGGAAAUAUUUUUGAAACUAUAGAUACCGAAUGGUUGCGACUUAAAAAAUCUGAACAGAAAGUUAAUACUCCUAGUAUACAUGAAGAUGAAGACAAUAGCGACAAUAGUGAUGAAUGGGAGGAAGUCGAUUUGUCAGAAUAUAACAAUAGUGAGUUAUUUUUUAAAAGGAUCAAUGGUGAAUUUGUAAAAAGAAUAAAUAACGCAUUAUUUUCACUCAUUACUUCCUAUUUAGAUUUGUCUGAUUCGCAAGUUA